UGACAGGUUUGCUGAUCUUUCAAUAUCAUGAUGUUGCGCCAUGAUGUAGUCAUGUCAUGACAGAAUAUUAGCAUGCUUUUAAUAUUUUUAUAGUUUGUCUUUUGGAACGGUCUACACCUGUUUGUUAAAUAUUCAGCUUGCAGGACAACUGUUGGGAAAAAAUUGGCUGAAAAGCUCAAAAUGCUAUUCAGAGAUGCAGAUGAAUUCCAUUCAAAAGAAAACAAAAAGAAGAUGUCUGAGGGAAUCCCUUUGACAGAUCAGGAUAGAUUUCCUUGGUUAUUGGCAAUACACAACUACAUGAAAGGACUUUCAAAUGAAGGGAAAUCUGGAGUGGUGACCUGCUCUGCUCUGAAGAAACUGUACAGAGAUAUAUUAGUCAAUGGACAAGCAACUGUACCCCAGAAGGAACCACCGCAGGUGGUACCAAUGAUUAAGGACCUUGUGUUUGUUUUGCUGCAUGGUGACAGGGAGAUCCUAGAGGAGAGGAUGAACCAACGUGUGAGUCACUUCAUGCCAAGCUCCUUGCUCACUUCUCAACUAGCAACCCUAGAGGUUCCUACCGAGGAGGAAAAAUGUGUUCAAGUUGACGUUAAAAACUCUCCCGACAGUUUGGUGGACCAAAUUAUUGACAAAAUAAAAACUUUGUAUUGAUUUUUACCCACAUAGAAAUGAUUUUAUUUCUGAAACAAAUUGGUGUUGAUUUUUUUAUUAAAUGUUCAUUUUUUUCUUUUAGCUACAUGUAUUUUCAUACUGCAUAUUGUAAAUUUACAACUAUGAAAAUUUUGAUCAUCAUAUUCUGCAAUAAAAUUGAAGAGGUA